UUGUUAGACGAGCUGAUGUGGGUUACUGCCAACACGAACGAGAGCGAAAACGUAAACGACGUGAAAUUCAAUGUGAUAAAAAACGAAAAAUCUAUGUUGAAAAGGAUAUCCGAGCAAUGGAUGCACAUGUUCCGUUACCGGAAUUUCGUGAGAGUGUUGGUUACGAUUCACUUAGGGAGUUGCCUUGUGCAGUUUGUUCUGGCUUGUGUUCUAAUGAAUAUUCGACUACUGUCUCUGUGCGAGAAAUAAACUUGCUGUUGCUCGAAGCUAAUACAGACGGCAAAAACGAAGAUCCCUUCGUUCUUCGAAUUUGCAACGGUUGUAAACGAUCGCUAGAUGCAGGUAACACUCCGAUCUUUUCGUUAGCAAAUAUGUGGAUUGGAACAACUCCGCAGUGUCUUCAAGGGUUAACGAUACCGGAGCUUUUAAUAUCUACUGGUUAUAUGUGUAUAAAUCUUAUUGCUAUCACAAGUUAG